AUGAUUUUGGCAAAAACUACAACAUUCGAAGAAAAACAUGAAGAGGAAAUCGAGAUAGAUCAGGUUUUGAAUGUUUUUUGAUCCAAAAAAAAUAAAAAUCAAUUAAUUCCAGAAACCCAUAAAAAUCAUCAUUUCGCAUAGUGAUAAAGAUCGAGAAAAUCAACAAAAACAUCAGAAAUCUAGCAAAAAUCUGGAGCUAAAUCAGGCUUGCAAUAUCCCAAAACUUGAUAUUAAUGGAACUGAAGUUAUCGGAUUUUUCAAAACUCCUGAACCUUUAAAAUGUCAGCGAAAUGAUUCGGGAAUUGAGGAUAAUUGGGUUUUUGUGGAUAUGGAUGGAAAAUUGAGAUUUACUGAAAAACGAAGAAAUGCGAUUUGUAAAAUCAAAUAUUUUUGGAGGAAAAAUGAUGAUGAGAAUCGAUUUUCGAAGGUGAUCAGGAUUUAUGGUAAGGUUUUCAGAAAGAAAUUCUGAAAACGUUGCAACAACGUUUUUAUCCUGAAUAAGUGAGAGUAAGACAGUAAAUGGAGACGCAGACAAGAAAGCGGCAAGAGAAUGUGUAACGUGAAGAGUCGCAGAUAUUAAAAAUAAAAAAAUGUGAACUCUCAUUGUCGUUUUAAAAUGCUGUGUUCGCCUUUUUCCAUGAAAAAACAAAAAAAAUAUUUUUUACGCGUGGCCGAGAAACCCAACGGCCAUUUCCAAAAAAAAAAUCGAUUUUUCAUUUUUUAUGUUUUUUAAUCGAAACCCUUAAUUCAUGUUUCAGAUGGAUUUCAAAUGAAUGGAAGUGAUUUUGCCAUCAUAAAAUGUCUCAAAGGAUUCGAAAAAUGGAAAUCUGUUUUGUGGAAUGUGAAUAAGAUCGCGAAGGUUGAGAAAAGGUCGAAAAAUGUGAGAAGAGACACUUGAGGAAAAGCCGUUGAAUGUAUAUUUUUUGGGGUGAGUUGGGCUAACCUUUAAUUGGAAAAAAAACCUGCACACAUUUUUCUAGCUUCGACUCUCUCAGUCAAAUGUCAUUCCGUCGAAAACUUCCAAACACUGUGAAAUUUCUCGAAGAAACCAUGGAAAGUGUAGUUUUGAAUGGCUACAAUAUAGUUGGCGAUGGAACUCCGCAAGCCUUUAUUCCAAUAUUAACAGCACAAACUGAAGUUGAACUUCCGCUAACUCGAAAAAGAUAUUCGAAUGCAAAUUAUGUUGAUGAUGUUUAUCCAUUUAUUUGGAAGAAUUUCUCGGAUUCUGGAUAUGCUACUUUUUAUGCAGAAGAUAUGUAUAAAUAUGGAGUUUUCACUUAUCGAUUAAAAGGUUUUCGAAAUCAACCAACUGAUCAUUUUGCAAGCGCGGUUUUCAAAGAAUUGGAGAAUUUCGGAGAUUUUACAAGCGAUCGAUGUAUUGGAUCAAUUCCAUUUCACAAAGUAACUGAAUCUAUAGAAAAUUAAUAUUUUCAUCAGUAUUGUUUCCAGGUGUGGUUUGACAAUGCUCAUAAAUUCAUGAAAGAAUAUUCAGAUAUCCCAAGAUUUUUAUUGAUGCAUCAGGGAGUUUUAUCACACGAUCAUGUCAAUUUAGUGCAAGUUCAAGAUGAAGAUUUGACGGAACAUUUGAAACAAAUGAAAGAGGAAGGAUUAUUUGAUGAUUCAGUUGUUAUUUUAAUGGCUGAUCAUGGACAUCGAUUUGCAAAAUUAAGAGAAACACAUCAAGGACAAUUAGAAGAACGAAUGCCAUUUUUCUCGAUUUCAUUGCCAAAAUCAUUGAAAAAUACGGAAAAAGGAAAGAAAAUGUGGAGAAAUUUGAAAGAAAAUAAGGAAAAAUUAACAAGUCCUUUUGAUAUUCAUGCAAGUUUGAUGGAUAUUUUGAAUUUAUCAAAAAUCGAUGAAAAUGAAUUUGAAAUUGAACAAGAUGCAAAAAAUCAACGAAGUUUAUCAAUAUUCCGAAAAAUUCCUGAAAAACGAAAUUGUGAAAAUGCUGGAAUUGAAGCACAUUGGUGUACUUGUUUAUUAUGGAAAAAUGCAUUGGAAAAUGAAAAUGAUCGAAAAUUGAGUGAAAGAUUAGCAAAAGGAAUUGUUAAAGCAAUCAAUCAAGAACUUGAACCUGAAAUCAAAUUAUGUGCUCCAUUAAAAUUGGCUAAGAUUUUGAGCUCGAAGAAAUUAUUACCAGAUAGCGGAGUUUUGGCAUAUAAAAAUGUGAAAGAUAAUGAUGGAUUUGUACCGGACUUGAGUGGAAAUACACAUGCUGCAUUUGCACAUUAUCAAUUGAAAAUUAGGACAACUCCUGGAGUUGCUAUUUAUGAGGUAAGCUUUGUUUUACCUCUUGAAAUUAUAGAGGUUCAAAAAUAAGCCUAAAUUUUGAAAUUCAAAUUAAUUUCAGGCAACAAUCUUCUACGAUAUGUUAAAAGAUGAGAUGAAGCUUGAUUUCGCCUCAAUCAGCCAUGUGAAUAAAUAUGGAAAUGCUCCUCAUUGCAUAAUUAAUCAAAAUUAUUAUUUGGCAACUUUUUGUGUUUGUUACGAUCAGAUUUAG